AUGUCCGAAAUCAGACCUUUCAAAGUUGAUGUCCCCGCAGAGGAGGUUGAGCGCCUCAAGAGGAAACUCAAUGACACCAGACUCCCAGGCCGCGAGAUCGUACCCGGCGCAGGAUCAGACUACGGCCCAUCAUACACCUGGGCCGAAACUCUCUUCAAUGAGUGGAAAAAUAACUAUGACUGGCCCGCAGCCCAAGCAUCCCUAAACGCAACACCCCAAUACCUCACCGAAAUCGAGUCUGUCACAAUCCACUUCGCGCAUAUCCCCUCCCCAGACCCCUCAUCCGCGAUCCCAAUCCUCCUAGUCCACGGCUGGCCCGGUUCCUUCUACGAAUUCCACCGACUCUGGCAACCCCUCUCCAACCCUCCCGCCGGCCAGCCCGCCUUCAAUGUCGUGGCGCCUAACAUGCCGGGCUUCUGUUGGUCCUCCUGGCCGCCGCGCAAAGGCUGGACGAUGAAGGAUAACGCGCGGAUCUUUGAUGUGUUGAUGAAGAGGCUGGGGUACGAGGAGUAUAUGGUGCAGUGCGGAGACUGGGCGCACUGGGUCGGGAGGGAGCUCGGGUCGAAGUAUACGGACUCGUGUAAGGUCGUGCAUUGUAACUUUGCGCCGAGUAUCGCGCCUGGUGAGCCCCAUACCAUAGGCCUCGCGCUCCAUGACAACCCCAUGGGCAUCCUCAUGUGGGUAGGCGAGAAGUACGAGGAACUAGCCAACCCAUCGACCCUCGCCAAGCCGUCCUGGACGCAAGACAUUCUCACCACCGUGAGCUUGUACUACUUCAGUGAAUGCAUCAUGCCCUCCAUGCUGCCGUACGUGGAGAACGUCCGCCACCACCAGUUCGCCGAGGCCGCGACGCACCCAGAUAAUCGUAUUACCGUCCCCUUUGGUUUCACAUCGUUCUUUUACGACUCUCAGCCGGCGUCGAAGAGAUCUGUCGAGAGAACUGCGAAUCUGGUGUUUUACCGAGAACGUGAUGAGGCUGGGCAUUUUGCUGCUUUGGAGUGCCCUGAGGGAUUAACUAAGGAUUUGCGGGAGUUGGCUUUGCAGGAGUGGAAGUUUUCUUGA